GCAGGACAGGAAGCUGAAGGUAUCCUACCAUUUGUUAGAGUAAGUUACCAAUAAUUGAGCAAACACCUGCUUAGAAAGAUUUCAGCAGUUAGUGUUGCAUCUGACAGACGUUUUCGGACCCGAAGCCUUUCUGGAGUGAUAAUCUGCCACCAGUAGAAGAUGCUGAAGCAAUCAGCCAUCAUCUUACUGCUCCUGCCGCUGGUAUUCAGUGCAGGUAAAAGCAUAACUGUGGAAAUCAUUUCCAGUAAGCAAGACUUCAAGGUUGGGGAGCAAAUCCUGUUGGUGUGUAAAGCCACCAAAGACGGAGACAUGACAUGGUAUAAAGAUGGAGAAGAAAUCGACGAUGAUGAAAUUAUCUCAAAAGUAGACUACUCUACCUCCAAACUGAUCAUUAAGAAAGCCAGCCUAUCAGAUGCAGGAACCUAUACCUGUAAAUAUGAGUCUGAUGAAGGAGACCAUCGCAAUGAAGAAACAGUUCUGUAUGUUUACGAUGGUCCAUAUUUCCAUGGAACCACCACCUACCAUGAGUUUCUGGAGGGAGCAGACGGGGUGGUGCCGUGUCUGGUGACUGGCCAGCCAGCAGUGGAAGUUCACUGGAUUAAAGACAAGGAACUGAUCCCUUCUAUAUCUGGAAGGCGCAUCCACAAGAAGUCCGAUAACACGCUCCACAUUGAGAAAGUGAAAAGGGAUGAUGCUGGGACUUACAUAUGUCAGGCCCAGAUCAAAGGGAGACUCAUUGUCCAAGAGCUUCCUGUCUCUGUUGUUGUUAAUGCUCCUCCCACGGUGCACAUCAGAGAGGAGGUGAAAAAAGUGAUUGCGGGGCCUGAAACCAAUGUGUCGUUGUUAUGUUUGGUUGGUGGUAAGCCAAAACCCAACAUCACUUGGACAAUGCCAAACGAUUUUGAUCCUUCACGUCACAUUUUCAACUCGGAUCGGAGCCAGCUCACCAUCCAGUCUGUCGUCAGGGCCGAUUAUGGGGAGUACGCCUGCACAGCAAAGAACAAGAUCGCUGAGAGCAGUGCUACCUUUUUCCUGCAUGUCUUUGAACCUCCAGAGGUGUUCAUCUCAGAAGAUCAACACAGUGUUAAUGUGGGUGAGCGCGUAUCUGUGUCCUGUAAUGUGACUGGCCACCCUCAGCCUGAACUACACUGGAUCAACAAGCAAAAUGGACAAAGACUGGAUUCGAGUGGCCGUAUCCAUGUGGUGGAUGGGACGCUGGAGAUUGAGGAAGUGGUGCCCUCUGAUGGGGGACGGUACUCCUGCAUGGCUGUCAGUAGUUUUGGAAAUGCAUCAAGAGAUGUUGCAAUUCAUACCCAACCCGGUCCACCACAUUACUUGACGGUCGUCCCAGGUCCAACCUCUGUGUUAUUUACACUCAAAACCUUCCCCAUCAAUGGAGGAACACCAAUUAAAAGUUUUGUUCUGCAGUGGAGGAAAAAUGAGAUGGAAAAGUGGGAAGAGACAAAAGUUUCAGCUUCAGAUAAUUUAACUAUCACCAACCUAAAGCCUUACACCAAGUACACAGUUCGUAUGGCUGCCGUGAAUGAAGUGGGACAGGGGCUGUUCUCAAUGGAACGCCUGGUUCGCACCGAGGGCAAACAAGGUGAACCAGACAGUCCAGCUUUACCCAUUGAUCAGGCAGAGGUCAAGGGAAACUCCUUCUCUGUGCCUAUUGAGCAAACUGAUAAUGGUGGAUCCCCUCUGCUGCACUUUAACAUCCAAUACAAACAGGAUACAGAAGAGAGCGCAUGGGAAAAAAUGCAGCUGCCCUCUGAUGCAAAAUCUGUCCAACUGAAAGACCUGGCCUUUGGUUCGGACUAUUACUUGGAAGUCUCAGCUGUUAAUUCUAAUGGCUCCUCCAUCCCUGCAGUGUUCAACUUCACGACUGCUGAUGAGCCUGUAAGCAAAAUGACCAAAGGCACAGUGGUUGGCAUUGUUAUUUUGAUCUUCCUGGUGGUGUACCUGGCUGUAGAUGCCACCUGCUGCUACAAAAACCGCUGCGGCCUGCUCAUGGCCAUUGGAGGGAAGCUGUCCUCGUGGAAAGAUCCAGCCCUCAAAAAGGUUGAGGAAGGAGAUGUGAUAGCUAAUGGAGCCGUAACCCUAAAGGGUAUGUCCAUGAAAAGAGGCAGUAUGACGCAAGCAGUGAUUCAGACAAUCAGCAAAGAGGCGGGGAAGCUCACGGAGGUGACCUGCGACAAAGCCCCUCUCACCAAAAACGAGAAAUUACAUCCCACAACUGAUCCCUGAGGUCUUAUAAAGUGAAGGAAGAAGAUUGAAAACUACAGACAAUAUGUUGCACAGAAAGCUAGAGAAGAAGACUGUGGAUCCCAGCUGCUGUGGGAGAAAUCAAACACUCUAGAAUGGAUGGAUUAGGACUGAUAAAGAUUAAUUGAUCCUGCCCUCUGUGCUGUUAGCGCGUAGCAGAUGUUAGCCUUGCUGCUAGCUUAAAUUUAUACGCGUUUGUUCUCCAACAGGCAAAUAAUGAUGUCUGUGUUUUACAGGGUAAAUGUUUUGUUAUUCUUUAAUCUUUACAACAGCUUUCGUGGAAGAAAAGAUUGAAAUUGAAGUGGCACAACGAAUGUUUAGCUGGUGCUUCUCGUAGUUUCACAGACAGAAUAAUCUUUUUGCGUUGCUAACAUCUUUAUUGCUAACAUUGUGCUAACAGCAGGAAACGUUACAAUAGAUCUGAUUUCUUUCUGAGUGUAUACUAAUGAAAACUAAUGUAAAAUAUGUCCUGUUUAUAUUUAUUAUUUUCUAACGUUACCUUUAUAAAAGUUUUUGUUUUAAGAGGGUUUGAAUACAUUCAAACCCAUGUUUAGCUUUAUUGCUUGCUCUUCCUUUAAGCAUGUUUCUGUGAAGACAUUUUGGAAAGUCAGCAUUGGCCAGAUUAGAAACAUUUAAUUAAAAGCAACUUACAUAAAUUUAAUAUCACAGCUACAAAAUGUGUAUUUUAGAUUAAUGCUACAAUUAUAAGCAA